AUGGCCUCAGCAGGGGCUGAGAAGCGGCCAGGGGCCCAAGAGGGAACAGCCUUGGGGCAGUCACAGCUUACGGAGGUGCCUGGUGGCCAUGCGCAGAAUUCUGAGUGUCCAGUUAUGGGAGAUCAGUGCCUGGUGCCAGCCCAUGAGGCCUGCCAAACCCAGGGUGAAGACAAGUGUCCAACAGGACCAGUCUCAGAGCCAAAGAUCCAGGAGGAAAGACUCAAGCUGGAGGAAGAGAGGCACAAGCCAGAGGUGCAGGCACUAGAGGAGAGAGGCCCCAGGCCUAUGGCCUCCAUUGUGAGGACCAGUCAUGGUCUGAAGAGGAAACCAGUCAAGCUGGCUCCUCAGGCCUUCUUGUCCCCUAGCCUCCCAGGACCUAGCCACCAAGCCCAUCCUAGGGCUGAAGCUGAGCUGCCACAGGGGAUGCCGCUGCAGAGGGAGGAGGGGGAGAGUAGCCAGAGUGAGCCCUCACCGUCUGCCAAACAGCACAAAAAAGCCAAGAAGCGCAAGAGUGUGGGAACCCCAGUGCUCCCUGUGGUGGCCAGCACAGUGUCUGCGCCCUCAGAGACCUUAGGACUGGAGCGAAAGGCCCAGCGCCUGCGGCCCCUGUACCAGUACAUCAACUAUUGCAACCCUGAGCUGAACCAGGCAGGGGAGGGGGACAGGGAGGCCGAGGCUGAGGUGAAGCCUGAGUCGGAGCUGGCCCUCGUCCCCGAGGAGACAGGUGUGGAGCAACUGCAGGCCUUGCUGCCCACGGCAGGUGAGCUGGGCUCAGGCCUCACUUUGCCCUGCCCCAAUAUGUUCAUGACCCCCACCUACACUCUGGUUCCCCUGGGAGAGGAAGCUGGCAAGGAGCCUGGGGGUUUGCCCAGCCUGGGGGUCAGCGAUUGCCUCAAGGCUGAGAUGGACAAGUCAACUCAGGUGGACAUCAACAAGAUGCUAAGUGUCUGCGCUGCCCCACUUGUACCCCCACUCUCUCCUCAGUACAAGUGA